AUGGCUACAAACAGAAAAUCUCCUCCAAGAAAAUCAGAGUCUGAAGAAAUGAGAAGACUGUGUGCAAUUCUGGACCAUGAACGCCAUAAUCGACCAAAUCCAGAAUAUUUCCUGGACAUGAUUGCAUGGAACCCCAUAAAACCAUUAGUUGACGACUCUGUGCCAGCUCCACCAGCAGUUAGAGUUGGACAUGUACGCUGGUGUACCCGUGGUCUUUGCAUUUCCUUACAAAUGGAUGAAGAAUGCAUUUGUUGGCGAGAUAUUGUAAAUGUUCGGAAGCUGCUUUUGUAA